AUGGAUCUGACCUUGGAAGAGCUCCGCCAGUCGAGCAAGAUGGCUCCAGAGAUGGUAGAGUUCCUGGCUCGUCAGCCCAUGCCCGAGCUCCCCGGCCACGACCCCAUCGCUCAUCGGAACGCUCGGGCGGAUCAUCUGAAGAGGCUGAGGCAUCUUAUGCCUGUCCCUGGUCCAAUCCCGGAUCUUGUGGUGGAGGAAGUGAUAUCCGUCGAGGCGGAAGACGGAUUCCCCAUUCCCGUUUAUGUGUAUCGCCCGGCACGAUCUACAGACACACAUCCUGUAGCCGUAUUAUUCCAUGAGGGAGGGUGGUCGUCAGGAGAUGCCACUGAUGAAGAGUUCAAUGCUCGACGUCUCACCAGAGAUCUUGGCUUCGUGUGUCUAAAUGUGGAAUACAGGCUGGCGCCAGAGCAUAAAUUCCCAACGGCAAUUUCAGAUAGCUGGAGUGUCAUAAACUGGAUAACUCGUAAUGGCUCUUCGGUAGGUGCAGACCUCCAGAAAGGAUUCAUCGUCGGCGGAUCGUCUGCCGGAGGGCACAUCGCGGCUAUCAUGGCGCUGCGGUCGCAAAAGGAGAGCCUGUCGCCUCCCAUCACGGGCCAGUGGCUGUCUGCAGCUUAUUUGGUGCCAUCCAACCAAGUCCCGGAAAAGUACCAGCCAGAGUACAUCUCGCCGUCCGAGAACACCAAUGAUCCCGUUCUUACCGGGCUCAGUGAGCAAGCAGAACUUGGUCUUGUGACCGGAUUGUUCGGGGCCGAUAUACACUCGCCGCUAUUCUCUCCUAUGGCGGCCGAUUACUAUCCCCCGUCCGCCAAGGCAGGAGGCACAGGACCUCUUGCAAAGACAUUCAUACAGGUUGGGGGCAUGGAUCCCUUGAGAGACCAUAAUCUGAUAUACGAUAAAAUCCUCCGAAAAGAGCAUGGUGUUGAGACACGAGUCGAGCUGUACCCUGGUUAUGGGCACAUGUUCUGGACGAACUGGCCUGAGAUGAAUGCUAGUAAAAAGUUUUCAGAUGACAUGAUUGCCGGAUUUCAGUGGCUGCUCUCGUAG